UUUUCAGCAAAUCUUCUAUUAAAUCUUUGUUUUAGACUUCUGCUCUGAUGGAUGUUGCCAAAUCUCCAGACAACAUGGAGGGACUAAGGCAUAGAUUCAUGAAAUGCACAGUGGAGGCUGGGACAAGACCAGCUUCGGACACCAACUUUAAGGAUAUAAUCUAUAUGCCCACAGAUGGGCUCCUAGAAAAAGCAGGGGACCUGGCUCAUCAACCGCAACAAUGCAAUAAACAAGUGUUUCCCCUCUGGUCCAUGGCAGAUGUACAGCGGAAGAGAAGAAACUGCACCAAGGGAGCCUUCAGUGUGAUUUGCACGACAGGUUCCAUGAAGCUGAGGAAGAGAAGUGCGGCUUUUUGUCACAAGCCUCCAGAUUCCGGUGGCAGAUUCUGGGAAGAGCUCUCAAUUCACCCUGACUUCAAUGCGAACCUUCCUAGCGACAGAAGGCACCAAGCAGCCCACGCUCCUAUCAUGCACUUGAUUGGAUCGGGAGGGGAAGCAUCAGAACCCUUCCCACUGCCUGCAAGCUGGAUUCCUCCAUCAACAAGAAGGCAUGAUGACAUUGAUAUGGAACCCAGCAGCGAUGUCCAAAGAGCAAACAGAAGUCUCUCUACAGGGACGGCGAUCAACCUGCCCGGAAUAAUUCCAAGGGGCUCUGAGCUUCCGAAAGACUCGGAGGCAGAAGUUCAGGGGCUGGUGCCCGACCUCGCCUCGCUCAUGGAUGUGGAGCCUUCGGAAGCUGUGGGACUCUCACCAACUUCACCUGUGGCUCCUUUGCCGCAACCUCUGCUGGCGCAGCCGGAUGGUGACAUUGUUAUGCUUGACGAAACAGUUGUCAGGAAGUCAAAGGACAUCCCGAUUCUAGAGCGGGUUGGGGAAACGCUACGGCAAAAGAAACUGCGUGCCACCCAGACUUGAGUGAUGCUGAAAUGAACCACCUGCCCACCUUGGUUACUUUUCUGC